GACACCCCACACCACCCCACAACUUGCUCAUACAUUGCUUCUUCUCCUUCUGCCUCUCUUGGUUGUAUAAAACUCACUCAGAUUUUGAGAGAAAAACGCAACAACAAAAUUAACUUUCUCUUACUCUUUAUCUUUCUCUCAUCCUUUCUCCAUUCUUGAUUUUCUAAGUACCCUUUCGAGUUUUAUAUUUUUACAGAGAGUCCCACAAACCAAAUUCUUGAUUGGUGUGUCUUUUGCAAAAAAAAAUAUAUAAAAAAAUAGUAUUAUUAUUGGUAAAAAACAAAAAAAAGAAGAUGCUUGAUUGGGCUGUUGUAAUUCAGGAUUUUGCUUAAGGUUGUUCAAAACAAUGAAGAGAAACUUCAAUUGCUCUGAUUCUUUGACUCAUUUUCUCUCUCACCCACUUGAAGGUGAGAUCAAGUCAGAAGAUGACCGCAUGUACAACACAGAAAUUCAGUCAAUGAUGGACGGUGGUGGUGGUGGUGGCUGCGGCGUCGGUGGAGAUGGAGAAGACUACGGUGGUGAAGAAACCGGGCAAUAUGGUGAUAAAAAGAGAAGAUUAAGCAACCAUCAAGUGAAAUCGUUGGAGAAAAUCUUUGAAGUCGAUAACAAACUCGACCCGGAUAGGAAAGUGAAAGUUGCCCAAGAGUUGGGGCUGCAGCCGCGGCAGGUGGCGAUUUGGUUCCAGAACCGCCGCGCACGAUGGAAGACGAAACAGUUGGAAAGAGAUUACAAUCUUCUCAAGUCUAAUUAUGAUCUUCUUAAGCAUAAUUACCAUAAGCUUGAGCAAGAGAAAGAAUCUUUAGCUAAAGAAUUGUCAGAGCUAAAAUCAAAACUUCAGGAGGAAUCAACAGAAAACAAUGAGGAAUUUGAGUACAGAGAAAAUGGUAUGUUCUUGGGAUCUGAUCCAACCAACACAAACCAUGAAGUAUACAAAAGCUUAAGUUAUGAAAAGACUCAAAAAUUGCUGGAAUUAAAAGAUGGACACUCAGACAGUGAUUCAAGUGGGGUUCUAAACGAUGAAAACAUGAAUAUUAGCAACGGUAAUGGAAACGGAAGUCCGUCGCUAAAUAUGACAAGCUUUGGUCUCUCUUCACUUUGUUCGUCGUCUGCUACGACAGAGCUUGUAGAUCCAACGAUGUCUCAACCGCAAUCAGAUCCCUACUUAGCUAGUAAUGCCGAGGAUGAAUCUUGCAAUAUUUUUUUGGUUGAUCAAGCGCCUAACCUUUGUUGGUACUUUCGGGAUCAUAUAAACUAAUGGCUUUUAUAAUUCUCAGUUGAAGUACCACGAUGCUUAUGAAAUUGAAUAAUUAUGUAAUAUUUUGAAAAAUUUAUGAAAUAUAUUAAAAAUAGUUGAAAAUA